CGUAUGAUGCUCGACGAUGGUUAUACGGUCAAGGUCACGGGACUCUUGUUAGCUCAGAUUGUGCGGGACAAGGACGUGAGUACUUCGGGUACGAAGUCUUGAUAGGCACGAAAUAAUAUAACUGUAAAUGGCAGGGUUCAACUGAUAAGGUUCCCCUGACAAAUACAAACCACGUUUGACAAUGACAUCUAAAGGCAUACACUUUGACUCACAUCUGUCGCUUUGGUACCUGUUUUGACGAUUGACUCGAUUCCAUCAAACUUGCACAAUGUACUUCCUCGGAUCGAUCCAUCCCUUGCAUUCGACUCUGCAUUGUUUGUUCAUGUAUGACUCUCGAAGUCCUUCGGACCUACAGAUAGAGUCAGGGUGGGGGGCGAGUGCACAUCAAUUCUGGAGUGCAUGCAGUGCGUGGUUGUUGAUUUCUUCUGAUUCUAGAAGCUCGAAGACUUACGAUGGAAUUUGAACCCAUCGGAAUGGAGUUUCAAAGCGUAGGAUGGGAAGAAGACGAACAGGUGCUGCCAUUCGAAGAAGACGUGGAUCAUGGUCUCGAUCAUCGGGAGUCUCCGAUCUCGGCUUAUAUAAUAUGCGCAGUCGCUGCAUUCUCGUUUAUUGUAGGAGCCCUCACAUAUUUUGCAGCUCACACUGUGGAGAAAGGCCACUUUGGUGUAUAUACAAGGAAUGGAAAGGUGCUUGAUGUUGUUUCUGAACCCGGACUAAACUUUAUGCUCCCAUUCGUCACGACAUAUGAUCAGAUUCAAAGUAGCCGUCGAGUACACCAGGUCAAGAACAUUACGUGUUCAACAGUUGGAGGCAUCAACUUAUAUUUUGAGAAAGUCGAGAUAACAGUUCGUCUACUUAAGGAAGGAGUGCCCGAACUGGUUCGUUCUUUCGGCUUGCAAUACGAGGAGGUUUAUAUCCAUGACAAUGUAAGGAAUGAGAUUGAACACUUUUGCAGCGAACGCACUCUCCAUCAAGUGUACGUGGAGGAUUUGCAGAAGAUUCAUGAUUGGAUAACGUGGGGAAUGAAGAGCGGAAUCAAUUACUUUCUCAGUAUAGAUCCAGCUGCAGUUGAAAUAAUUGCUGUCGUUGUUCAGAAGCCCAAGCUUCCCGAAGCUGUAGCACAGGCUUACGCCAGAUGGGAAGUCGAGGAUGCAGAGAUUCGUCUGAAUGACAUGAUCCUGAAGUCAAAAGAUAAAGAGGCGAUUGAGCUUGUGGAGGCAGAGCUACGCGCAAAGAGAGCCGCAGCAGACGCCAAAGCUAUGGAAAUAUUAUACAGAAGUAAAGCUACGCAAGCGAAAGUACUUGCCGAAUCGUACUACUAUGAGCAGAAACUUAGAGCAGAGGCGGAUCUCAAGGUUGCGGAAAUGGCAUAUUCCGAGGAGCAACUACGUGUUUACAAAGAGGGUCUGGAAGUCCAGAGGAAAAAAGAUCUUGCUGUCGCCAGAUUUCAAAGAUGGGCCCUGGAAAGCUUGAGAGUAGUAUCGGCUAUAUUCCUCGGAGCUGCCAUCCUUCUAGGCCUGAUUUGGCUCAGUGAAACGAAUUACUUGAGCCUGAAAAGAGCUCAGCUCAAAGCGUCAUACGGCUAGGUCCACGUCUGAUAUGAACUAAGUCUGUUUUCAACGAAGAGGAGAAAGAUAGACUAGAUAAUCAUCAGACUGGAGAAAGAUAGACUGGACAAAUUCCCCACAAUUCCAUCAUGUAUAAUCAUCAAAUUAUGAGGCUCUGUUGCACUCGUCAUGGUCCUAUUAUAAAUUUCGACAGAAUUCAAAGCCC